GGUGGCGCAUCUGCAGCACACGUCUCUCUUCGCGUCAAUCUCCGAAACAACAAACCGAAAAGAGCAAACGGGGUAAAGAGAGAGAGAGAGAGAGAGUGAGAAUACAAAACGGUCUCAGACCGCCACUUUUAAAUUGCUCUGUCAAAUAACAAAUAAUUAAUACAACGCUCGGGUGUUGUUCAGGACCAGGAUACGGACCGGGCGGUCGCAGGAGCACAGGAGGACGUCUGGCGCGGAGCUCGGCGGCGAGUUUCUUUUCAAAAAGUAUUUGAAAAUUGGAAGUAUUUUCUGACUUAUAUUGGUACAGAAGAUGUUUAAGAAAUGAUAGCAGCUCCAGAAAUAAACACAGAGUUUCAUUAUCCUCAGGAAACAGAUGCACACUUUUCAUCAGAUACUGAAUUUGAAGACCCAGAUGGAAGAAAUCCAAAGUUGGGUAAAGGAAAAAGCUUAAAGAAGGGUAAAAAAAUCCCUAGUGAGAAGGUUAAAAGCAACAAUGGUGGAAAACCUGCUAGCAUGAGUCGGAUGAAUGGACAUCAUCAAGAAAAUGGCAUGGAAAACAUGAUGCUUUUUGAAGUGGUUAAAAUGGGCAAGAGUGCCAUGCAGUCUGUGGUAGAUGACUGGAUAGAGUCUUACAAGCAUGACAGAGACACAGCACUUCUUGACCUAAUCAACUUUUUUAUCCAGUGUUCUGGCUGCAAAGGUGUUGUUACUGCAGAAAUGUUUAGACACAUGCAGAAUUCUGAAAUCAUUAGGAAGAUGACUGAGGAGUUUGAUGAGGAUAGUGGUGACUAUCCACUUACAAUGGCAGGACCUCAGUGGAAGAAGUUUAAGUCUAGCUUCUGUGAAUUCAUUGGUGUUUUGGUUCGGCAAUGCCAGUAUAGUAUAAUAUAUGAUGAGUACAUGAUGGAUACAGUAAUCUCACUUUUGACUGGACUGUCUGAUUCCCAGGUCAGAGCCUUCAGACACACUAGUACAUUGGCAGCAAUGAAACUGAUGACUGCCUUAGUCAAUGUUGCACUGAAUCUCAGCAUUAAUAUGGAUAAUACACAGAGGCAGUAUGAAGCAGAAAGAAAUAAAAUGAUUGGGAAGAGAGCAAGUGACAGGCUGGAGCUUCUGCUUCAGAAAAGAAAAGAGCUGCAAGAAAACCAGGAUGAAAUUGAGAACAUGAUGAAUGCAAUAUUUAAGGGUGUUUUUGUUCACAGAUAUCGUGAUGCAAUUGCUGAAAUUCGAGCAAUUUGUAUUGAAGAGAUUGGCGUAUGGAUGAAAAUGUACAGCGAUGCGUUUCUCAAUGACAGUUACUUGAAAUAUGUUGGGUGGACAAUGCAUGACAAGCAAGGUGAAGUCAGGUUAAAAUGUCUGACAGCUCUUCAGGGUCUGUAUCACAACAGAGAACUCAACGCCAAGCUUGAGCUUUUCACAAGUCGUUUCAAGGAUAGAAUUGUGUCUAUGACCUUGGAUAAGGAAUAUGAUGUAGCUGUUCAAGCAAUAAAACUUUUAACCCUUGUAUUACAUAGCAGUGAAGAAGUUCUUACUGCAGAGGACUGUGAAAAUGUGUACCACUUGGUGUAUUCGGCUCAUCGGCCAGUGGCUGUAGCAGCUGGAGAAUUCCUGUACAAAAAGCUUUUCAGUCACCGGGACCCAGAAGAAGAAGGCAUGCCCAAAAGGAGGGGAAGGCAAAGUCUAAAUGCAAAUUAUGUGAAGACUUUAGUAUUUUUCUUUUUAGAAAGUGAGCUUCAUGAGCAUGCUGCUUACCUUGUAGAUAGUAUGUGGGAUUGCGCUACAGAGCUUUUGAAGGACUGGGAGUGUAUGGUCAGUCUUUUACUAGAAGAUCCUCUCCCAGGAGAGGAAGCUUUGACAGAUAGGCAGGAAACGGCACUCAUUGAAAUUAUGCUGUGUACCAUUCGGCAAGCAGCUGAAUGCCAUCCUCCAGUAGGAAGAGGAACAGGCAAAAGAGUGCUUACAGCGAAAGAGAAAAAAUCACAGCUGGAUGACAGGACGCGAUUAACUGAAUUAUUUGCAGUGUCAUUGCCUCAGUUGUUAGCUAAGUACUCUGUAGAUGCUGAAAAAGUAACAAACUUGUUACAGUUGCCGCAGUUUUUUGACUUAGAGAUUUAUACAACCGGAAGAUUAGAGAAGCACUUGGAUUCUUUGCUUAGGCAAAUCAGAGAUAUUGUGGAGAAACAUACAGAUACUGAUGUUUUAGAAGCUUGCUCAAAAACAUACCAUGCGCUCUGCAAUGAAGAGUUCACAAUAUUUAACAGAGUGGAUAUUGCAAGAAGCCAGCUUUUGGAUGAACUUGUUGACAAGUUUAACAGACUACUGGAAGACUUUUUGCAAGAGGAAGAAGAACCUGAUGAAGAUGAUGCUUAUCAAGUUCUGUCAACACUUAAAAGAAUCACAGCCUUCCAUAAUGCUCAUGAUUUGUCUCGGUGGGAUUUAUUUAGCAGCAACUAUAAGCUUCUUAAAACUGGCAUUAAAAAUGGGGACAUGCCUGAACAGAUCGUCAUUCAUGCAUUACAGUGCACCCACUACGUGAUAUUGUGGCAACUUGCCAAAGUCUCUGAAGGCAGUUGGACAAAAGAGGACAUGGCAAAUGUGAGGAAACAAAUGAGAGCUUUCUGUCAAAUAUGCCAGCACUACCUGGCUAAUGUAAAUAGUACUGUUAAAGAGCAGGCCUUUACAAUUCUGUGUGAUGUUCUGAUGAUAUUUAGUCAUCAGAUUGUUUCAGGAGGACGUGAGAUACUUGAGCCAUUGGUUUACACUCCUGAUUCUUCUUUGCAAUCUGAACUGCUGAAUUUCAUUCUUGAUCAUGUGUUCAUAGAGCAAGAUGAUGAUAGCAACAGUGCAGAUGGCCAGCAGGAUGAUGAGGCUGGUAAAAUAGAGGCAUUGCACAAAAGGAGAAAUUUAUUAGCAGCUUACUGUAAACUUAUAGUGUACAAUGUAGUAGAAAUGAAUACUGGGGCAGAUAUUUUUAAACAGUACAUGCGGUACUAUAAUGACUAUGGCGAUAUCAUAAAAGAAACAAUGAGCAAGACCAGGCAAAUUGACAAAAUACAGUGUGCCAAAACCCUAAUACUGAGUUUGCAACAGCUCUUCAAUGAAACGCUCUCCGAGCUUGGCUAUAAUUUUGACAGAUCAUCUUCAGCCUUUUGUGGCAUUAAGGAGCUGGCUCGACGUUUCUCUCUAACCUUUGGGCUUGACCAACUUAAAACUAGAGAAGCCAUCGCCAUGUUACAUAAAGAUGGUAUUGAAUUUGCCUUUAAAGAACCCAGCCCUCAUGGUGAAGGACAUCCUCCUGUGAAUCUUGCCUUUCUUGAUAUCUUGAGUGAAUUUUCCUCCAAACUUCUUCGCCAAGAUAAAAGGACUGUCUAUGUUUACCUUGAAAAAUUUAUGACUUUUCAAAUGGCACUGCGUAGGGAGGAUUGUUGGCUUCCAUUGAUCUCUUACCGCAAUUCUUUGUUGGCUGGAGGUGAUGAUGAUACAAUGUCAGUCAUCAGUGGAAUCAGUAGUCGGGGAUCAACUGUGAGGAAUAAAAAGACCAAACCAGCCACGGGCAAGAGAAAACUAGCCGAAGCAGAAGAAAGCAGCAGUAGCAGUGAUGGGACGUGGAUGAACAGAGAACAGACACUUCAGACUCCAGUUAUGAUGCAGACGCCACAUCUGACAUCAACAGUAAUGCGAGAACCUAAGAGGUUACGGCCAGAAGAAAGCUACAUGAGUGUAUACCCUGUUCAGCCUGAUCAGCAGCAUCAUCACCAAACACCUUUAGAUUACAACACCCAGGUAACUUGGAUGUUAGCCCAGAGACAGCAAGAAGAAGUGCGACAGCAGCAAGAACGUGCUGCCAUGAAUUAUGCCAAACUAAGAACGAAUCUACAGCAUGCAAUUCGCCGUGGGACAGGUUUAAUGGAGGAUGAUGAAGAACCUAUAGUGGAAGAUGUGAUGAUGUCUUCAGAAGGGCGCAUUGAGGAUCUUAAUGAAGGCAUGGAUUUUGAUACCAUGGAUAUUGACUUGCCACCCUCUAAGAACAGAAGAGAAAGAACAGAACUGAAACCAGACUACUUUGAUCCUGCUUCAAUCAUGGAUGAUUCAGUACUUGGAGUUUCUAUGUUCUAAAGAAAAAUGGAAAAUGCGCUGUGGUCUUUGUUUUGAGAAAUUGUUGUUACAGUAAACUUCCUAAUGCUGUACAGAUUGUGUUUUUCUCCUCUGUGGAGAAUUUUAUUGGACUUGCUUACUGGACUAAGUGAACUGAAAGGCAGCAUUGCGUGCCUGCUGAAGUGAUCUGUUGAAGCUACAAAAAAAAUUUCUUAAUCAAUGGGUAAGCUUUUCCAUGAAUAUUUCAAGCAGUGGCUUAUACAUUACAGUUAGUGUUGAGUCAGGGUUCAAAUUUAACUUUCGCACACAGUUUAUAUUGUUAAAAAUAUGGAAACUUUUAUAUUGGCACAUAACACAAUAGAUUAUUAAACCAUUUUAAAUUAAUGUAAGAAUGAAAUUAUUGAAGUGUAUUAAAUGUACAGCCCACAGGAGCAGAAGAAAUGAGUUGUGAAAUACUAAUUUUUGAAAAAAUAACCUUAUUUAGCAGCAGAUUUUUUUGGUCUCUUGAUACCUCCAAGUAAAUUUAGCUGCAUUUGGGAGCAUGAAAUGUGUUUGUAGAUUGUUCCUGUUUGCUAAGGAAUUAAAUGCAAUGGGAGCACCACACAUAAAUGGGUAUAUUUGAGUGUUGGACCACUUCAUCAAAUACUACUUAGCUCCUUGGUGUCCAUUUAAUUUAGCAAGGGGCCUAAACUUUAAGGCCAUAUAAUCUGAGUAAUUGUUAAGCUUACCCAAAGAUUAGAAUUGUGUUUGCUUGUUUGUUCAUUCAAGAGACUAAUAUAAGGAAGCCAAUUUCAACCCUUCCAGUAGUGCCACUGUAUUGUGUCUCUGAAAAAAAUGAGCUUGGUAUAGUAUGUUUGCUGGAAAUAAUUUUCUCUAAACACAAUUAUACAGCUUAUUAGAGUGUGGGAAUAGGUAUCUAAAUUUUAAAUAAAAGUUAUAUAUAUAAAUCGGUGCUGAUUUUAUAAUCGCGCAGUUUGUUUAGUUUUUCUUACUUUGAAAAUCCAACCUAAAAAUUAUAAGGUUUCAGAAAUAUAUAAAAAAAAUGUUUUAAAAUAUAAGCAUGUGAAUUCAUGCUUUUAAAAAAUGAUUUUUAAAUUUGUAUUUUAUAUUGUUUUAUCUUUGUCUUUGAAAACAGUUUUCAGGUUUCAAUACCAUUUUUCCUAUGUAUGUAAAUUAGUUUGGAUAACAGAGACUCAGACUAUCCAUUAUGUUAUUCUUUGAGAUUAAGCUUUAUGUUUUUAAUUUUAAAUGUCCUUUCACAAAUUCUUAAGUCUGUAACAUAAAUUUUAAAUUUACUAUUUGAACAUGAAAGUUAUUCUGCAGUGCUUGGGCAGCUAGACAUGGCUUAAGUAACCAUUAACUUAUAGUACAAUUGUACAUUUUUGUUAAAUGUCUUGUUUAUUUGAGGUAUAUUCUUUAUAAUCAUUCCAUGCCUUAAAAUGCUUGCAAUACACCACUCCCUUGUUUCAUUUUGUCUCUUCCAUAAAACAAACAAAAAAAAUCAAAACCCACUUAGCAGUUGCAUUUUAAGCUUCAUUUUCCAGGCUGUGGUAGCCAAAAACCAUACAAAUUGAGUAGUUUAUUACUGAAAAAAAUGAUAGAAACUGAUUCCACAUAAGUUUGUGUUUUACAUAUUUUUUUAAGUGAUGAAUCUUUUACUUUGAAAAAUACUGUUGUGUUUUUCACACCACUGCAUUAACAGAAACUGCUGAAAGGACUGUAUAUAAAAAAUCAAGGUGCAAAGCUGAUUUUUUUUUUUUUUUUCAUUUCUAUUUUUAAACGUGUGUUUCUUUUGUGUGAGCAGUUCUUUAAAGCUGUAUGUUUUUAACCAGCUUCUCCUGUUUUAUAUAUUUACCCAAAUCUGUUGUCCUCCACAUUCUGUCGUCCACUGUACUGUUUCUGAUUUGUAUUUAUGUCUGGAGACAGUAACUUUUUGAAUAAAAGUAAACCUUCUUCAGUUGUGUGAUAAUCUUAAGUACACAAAAAUAAUAGCACAUUCAAUUAAAUUCUUUUUAAUAUUUUA